CUUCCGGAAGGGUCCGGAGCCAGCGAGACGUCGGUCCUCCUGGUGGGCUAGAGCGGCGCCACCGCCGGGCGCCCGCGGCCAUGGAGGACGAGAAGAGCUAUUCGGACAUCUGCGGCGGGCGCCUGGCCCUGCGGCGCCGCUACUACUCGCCGUACUGCCGCGAGUUCGGCCUCAGCUCGGCUCGGCUAUCGCUGCGCUCGCUCACCGCGGUCACCUGCGCCGUGUGGCUGACGGCCUACGGACUCUUCACCCUGUGCGAGAAUAGCAUGAUCCUCUCUGCUGCCAUCUUCAUCACCAUCAUAGGCCUGCUUGGUUACCUCCACUUUGUGAAGAUUGAUCAGGAGACUCUAUUAAUCAUCGAUUCACUUGGCAUCCAGAUGACUUCAUCCUAUGCUUCAGGCAAAGAAAGUACCACCUUCAUAGAGAUGGACAAGGUCAAGGAUGUUAUCAUCAAUGAGGCUAUUUACAUGAAGGUGAUUUACUACCUCUGCAUUUUAUUGAAGGAUCCAGCAAAGCCACAGGAGAUAUCCCAAGUAGUUCCUGUCUUCCAGAGUGCCAAGCCCCGGUUGGACUGCUUGAUUGAAGUAUACAGGAGCUGCCAGGAGAUUCUGGCACACCAGAAAGCCACAUCAACAAGCCCAUGAAUCUCAGCAUUCAGAGACCACUGUUGUCUUUAUGGGAGAGGACUCCUAAACCAUAGUGGCUGGUUUAUUUUCUGUACUGUAAAAACCAUUAGUGGACACAGUCCUGGGACUCAAAAUGGAUGAGUAGACCUCAGCCAUAGAGGAGGCAGCUGGAACUUGACUCAGUAUUUUGAUGUCUCAUAAAGUUACCCUGCUGGGCAGUGGUGACACACACCUUUAAUCCCAGCACUCGGGAGGCAGAGCCAGGCGGAUCUCUGUGAGUUAGAGGCCAGCCUGGUCUACAGAGUGAGUUCCAGAAUAGGCUCCAAAGCUACACGGAGAAACCCUGUCUUGAAAAUUCAAAAAUAAAUAAAGAAAUAAAGUUACCCUUAUAGGUUUUAUCUACAUUACUAAUCAAGGGGAGACCUUAAGGAUUUUGACACUAGGCCAGGGAUAGUGGCACAUGCCUUUAACCCCAGGAUUCAAGAGACAGAAGCAGGUGAUUUCAAGUUUGAGGCCAUCCAGGGCUACAUAGUGAGGACUGUUCCCCUGCACCCCCCCAAAGAUAAUAUACAGGAAGAGCACUCGGUGAAAUUUCUAAGCACAUUCAUAUUUGUGUUAAAAAUCUAUGGACUAUUGAGAGUGGUACCAGAUUCUACAAGAAAAGAAUAAUUUCCAUCUGCAUGAACUCUUGUCUAAAAGCUAGGGAAAAAAAAUAAGUCACAUUUUCUUAUGUAUGAAUUAGCAGGAGUAAAAUGCUUUACAGGGCUAGCCUCUGUCCACCUAGCUCCUAUGAUCUGUGCAGGAUGAUUCUUAAUCCAUGGCUUAGCGAGGGGUGGUGUGGAUGCCAGUAAUCCCAGCACCCAGGAGGUGUCAAUAGGAGGAUUGAAAGUUUGAGGCCAGCCUGGGCUCCAUGGUGAGGCACUGUCUCAAAUUCUAAAAUAAAUAAAUAUCCAAAACACA